AAAAAAAAAAAAAAAAAAAAAAAAAAAAAAAAAAAAAAGGCUCGGUCCCACAGCUCUCGGCACCGCGGUCCCGGGAUUCUUGAGCUGUACCCAGCUGACGAGCUUUUGAAGAUGGCACAAUAACUGUCCAGUGAUGCCUGACCAUGACAGCACAGCCCUCUUAAGCCGGCAAACCAAGAGGAGAAGAGUUGAUAUUGGAGUGAAAAGGACAGUAGGGACAGCAUCUGCAUUUUUUGCUAAGGCAAGAGCGACAUUUUUUAGUGCCAUGAAUCCCCAAGGUUCCGAGCAGGAUGUCGAGUACUCAGUGGUGCAGCAUGCAGAUGGGGAAAAGUCAAACGUACUCCGCAAGCUGCUGAAGAGGGCGAACUCGUAUGAAGAUGCCAUGAUGCCUUUUCCAGGAGCAACCAUAAUUUCCCAGCUGUUGAAAAAUAACAUGAACAAAAAUGGUGGCACGGAGCCCAGUUUCCAAGCCAGCGGUCUCUCUAGCACAGGCUCCGAAGUACAUCAGGAGGAUAUAUGCAGCAACUCUUCAAGGGACAGCCCCCCAGAGUGUCUUUCCCCCUUUGGCAGGCCUACUAUGAGCCAGUUCGAUAUGGAUCGCUUAUGCGAUGAGCACCUGAGAGCAAAGCGCGCCCGGGUUGAGAAUAUAAUUCGGGGUAUGAGCCAUUCCCCCAGUGUGGCAUUAAGGGGCAAUGAAAAUGAAAGAGAGAUGGCCCCGCAGUCUGUGAGUCCCCGAGAAAGUUACAGAGAAAACAAACGCAAGCAAAAGCUGCCCCAGCAGCAGCAACAGAGUUUCCAGCAGCUGGUUUCAGCCCGAAAAGAACAGAAGCGAGAGGAGCGCCGACAGCUGAAGCAGCAGCUGGAGGACAUGCAGAAACAGCUGCGCCAGCUGCAGGAGAAGUUCUACCAGAUCUAUGACAGCACUGAUUCUGAGAAUGACGAAGAUGGGAACCUGUCUGAAGACAGCAUGCGCUCAGAGAUCCUGGAUGCCAGGGCCCAGGACUCCGUGGGGAGGUCCGAUAACGAGAUGUGCGAGCUAGACCCGGGGCAGUUCAUUGACCGAGCCCGAGCCCUGAUCAGGGAGCAGGAAAUGGCAGAAAACAAGCCGAAGCGAGAAGGCAGCAACAAAGAAAGAGAUCAUGGGCCAAACUCCUUACAACCAGAAGGCAAACAUUUGGCCGAGACCUUGAAACAGGAACUGAACACUGCCAUGUCGCAAGUUGUGGACACUGUGGUCAAAGUCUUUUCGGCCAAACCCUCCCGCCAGGUUCCUCAGGUCUUCCCACCUCUCCAGAUCCCCCAAGCCAGAUUCGCAGUCAAUGGGGAGAAUCACAAUUUCCACACCGCCAACCAGCGCCUGCAGUGCUUUGGCGACGUCAUCAUUCCGAACCCCCUGGACACCUUUGGCAACGUGCAGAUGCCCAGCUCCACAGACCAGACGGAAGCGCUGCCCCUGGUUGUCCGCAAAAACUCAUCUGACCAGUCCGCCACCGGCCCCCCCGCCGGCGGCCACCACCAGCCCCUGCACCAGUCGCCUCUCUCUGCCACCGCAGGCUUCACCACGUCCACCUUCCGCCACCCCUUCCCCCUCCCCUUGAUGGCCUACCCAUUUCAGAGUCCCUUAGGUGCUCCCUCUGGCUCCUUCUCGGGAAAAGAUAGAGCCUCCCCUGAAUCCUUAGACUUAACUAGGGAGACGACGAGUCUGAGGACCAAGAUGUCAUCCCACCACCUGAGCCACCACCCUUGUUCACCAGCACACCCACCCAGCACUGCGGAAGGGCUCUCCCUGUCGCUCAUCAAGUCUGAGUGUGGAGAUCUUCAAGACAUGUCUGAAAUCUCACCUUAUUCGGGAAGUGCAAUGCAGGAAGGAUUGUCCCCCAAUCACUUGAAAAAAGCAAAGCUCAUGUUCUUUUAUACCCGUUAUCCCAGCUCCAACAUGCUGAAGACCUACUUCUCUGAUGUAAAGUUCAACAGAUGCAUUACCUCUCAGCUCAUCAAGUGGUUUAGCAAUUUCCGUGAGUUUUACUACAUUCAGAUGGAGAAGUACGCACGUCAAGCCAUCAACGAUGGAGUAACCAGCACUGAAGAGCUGUCUAUAACCAGAGACUGUGAGCUGUACAGGGCUCUGAACAUGCACUACAAUAAAGCAAAUGACUUUGAGGUUCCAGAGAGAUUCCUGGAAGUUGCGCAGAUCACAUUACGGGAGUUUUUCAAUGCCAUUAUUGCAGGCAAAGAUGUUGAUCCUUCCUGGAAGAAGGCCAUAUACAAGGUCAUCUGCAAGCUGGAUAGUGAAGUCCCUGAGAUUUUCAAAUCCCCGAACUGCCUACAAGAGCUGCUUCAUGAGUAGAAAUUUCAACAACUCUUUUCGAAUGUAUGAAUAGCAGCAGUCCCCUUUGGGUGUCCAGAUUAUGCGUGUCUAGAUUGUGAUUUCAUAUAUAUGUGUGUAUGGGAGGCAUGGAUCUGUCAUGAAAUCAGCUGGCAAAUCCUCCUCCUCAUCUUUGAUUUUCUUUUGCUUACCAUUGCAAGGGGAUGGUUAUUUUCCUUCCAUCUUCACUUUUGCCUGAGGCCCUUAACAUUUCGAGACUUAAAAUAGGGUUAAUUUUCAGGGAAGAAGAAUGUCGAUGUGUGCAAAGUCUAUAUUGCAAAAGAAGGGCAUUUGUUAAAGAUGCUUCUUUUUGAUUGAUGGUUUAUGGCAAAUGGCAGUUGGCAGAGGGAGACCCAGAACACAACACAGCUCUUUAGACUGUGGUGUGUCUCUUGUUUUUACUGCUAAGAAGGUUGGAAAACUCAAUGAAACCACUUCAUAAACUUAAAUAGUUUGUUUGAUUUGAACUCAGUAAGUAGCUUUUUAUUACCGGUUUUAAAAUAAUGCCAUUGGCAGAAGAGCAGCUCACUUCUGAAAAAGUAUCCCAAUAGGCCAAAUUAAAAAAAAAAAAUCACUGUCGGGCCUUUCCUAAGAGAAAUGGCAAACAGUACAAACUCGCACCAGUUUGUUAGGGAGGCAAAACAAUUUUAUACAAAAAUGACGCUUUCAAGAUGAGACUAGAAAUUCAUCCAUGAUCUUCCAGUCACCUCUUUAAAUUCUAAAAUUCUUAUAUAUAUAUAGUUCUCCAUAGAGGAAAACCCCUGUAACUUAUCAUUUUCUGUUUACCUCGCUUCAGAUAUUAAAAGGCACAUAGGUUUCAAAUGUACUCUUUGCUCAACUUUGCUUAUAUGCUUAAGAGAAUUAUUUUCUGUUUCAUAUUUAUCAAAAGACACUAUUUUCUGAAUGUGUUUCUAUAGUAAGGAAUAAAGGACAUGCCAAUUUGACCAUACAAUUCCUGCCUGAAUUGGAAGUUUGUUGACAGCUGUCGGCUGACUUGAUCUUCACCUCCGAAGAAGAGCACAUUUGAGAAUGACCUAUUUUCAUAUACAAGUCCCUGCUACCCUGAUGGAUAUUCAAAGUGGUGACAGUGUAAUUAGGUGUUUCUUCAUUUUAGGUACAGCACUGUAAAGCAAUUGAUAAGAUCUCUUCUACUUCAGAAGCUAGUAUUGACCAAAAUGUAAGAAGAGUGUACAGCAUAAGGAAGUUUGGGGGUUAGGCCGGAAGACACAAUUUAACAUGAGAAAGCUGGCUGCUAUUUUAUGCUUUCUGCAUUGGUUCUCCUCUUUUAUCCUUUCUCUUUUCCAGUUUUUCAAAGCUGUGCAACGUCCCGUACUUGCUUUUAAAAAGUCGUGUGGCAUCCACGAUUGUUCUUUCGGAUGGAUUUCGUGUGCAGAUGCAGUAAGAAUUCCUUAUUCGUUCUAACAGGCUUUUCCAGACCUCUUCCUCCCCUUUGGUAAUUCGAUAUACACCUAAAAUGACACAGUGACACUUGGCAUUCAGAUCAUACAGAACGUAAAUACCAUUUUUCCUUCAUUUUUAUACAAAUUGCAUCUGACUUUGGAGAAUGCAGGUUGACCCGUGUGACUAACUAGCUGACCCAGUCGCUAUAAUUUAACAUCGUUUAUAAAUUCUGCUGAUGGAUGGGAAUGUAUGAAGGCAAUUAUUGUCAGCACAAAGCCUUAAAACCUGCUGACUUUAAAUUAAACAGCACAGUCUUAUGACGCCUGUAUCAUUCAGGAGACGAACAGGCUCUCGCAGUGUAGACGGCAUGGGCCGUAACACUACUGGCUUCACUCCGUACCCAUGGCCAAACUCACUGCCCAGCUCACACUCUCUUACAGAGCGCACACAGAGCCAUCAGAUCCAAUUUGAUCUUGUUCCGGCUUGCUUGGGAAAAAAACAAAACCCAUAUUCGGAUAAUCAUGACAUUGGGAUAAAAUGCAAACCAAGAAAAAUCCAAUCAGCACAAAGUAAGAAAGCAAUCUCAACCUCUGGUCACACUCUUUUGCCUUGCUUCACGUGAAAGAGUAUGAUAUUCAUAGUUCACGUCGGUGUACAACUGGGUCUUUGCUGUUCCAUGUAAUCCAUGUCAAUAUCGUGUUGCCAUUUGCAAGGUAAAAGGCAAAACCAUAGUGUAUUCACCUAUGUAGAUAGUUUGCUAGCAGUUUUUUGAUCUGGGGCAAAUUCAGUAGUGAUUCUAAACUUAUCUGGACUUUUAGGAUUAUUUUCCCCCUGCCUUUCUAAUUUAAAUAGACAAAUCACGCAAAAGUGUGUGUUCCCAACCAAACAAUGAGAUAACGAUAAUAUCCUUUCAGUGUUCACUGAGGCAGAAGAAUUAUUUCGGAGUAGAAAUUGCGGCAUGAGGAUAAACUCACCUCUUUGUUCUGAAAAUAGAACUGCAUCACCACUUUUAGGUGAUUGUUCUCCUUUGCAAUCAUAAAAUCUUGUGCUUCCCAGGGCACUGCAAAAAGACAAAAGCCUGUCUCUCUCUAAAUGAGUAUUUACCAAUUUUGUUCUGUUUUUUGAUCACCAUCUUGCAAAUCAUAGUUCAACUCUCACCAAGUGAAAAUUGGCUACUUGGAAGAAAGUUAAUUUUGUAUGGUGGGGGGGUGAAGGGUGAGGGACAGUUUACAUAGGAAAAAUAAAGUCUAAAGUCCAUAUUGAAAUACUGUAUUACCAGUUAUUUUCUGCUAACCCUAAAUUAUUUUUGCAUAUACACUUGAGGUUAUAGUCUGUGCCUAGACUUAAAAUGCACCAGCGGGGGGAUUUUUCAAAAUCCUUCAAAAUACCAGUUUUUUCCCACAAGUACAAUUGUUCUUGUGCCUUCUGUGGCUUUCAAUUCCAUCUUUUUUACUUUAUUUCCAGUUAUUACAGCUGCAAUAAACACUAGAUUUUUUUUCUGGCUCUUUGACAUGACGUUGAUAGCUAUGCAUACUUUGUGUCUUUUUAAAAACAAAGCGGGAGAAUACGUUUUUGAAGAAGAGAAUUUUUAGAACAGUUUGAUACCGCAAAUUAUUUUUUCCUCAAUUGUUUGAGCAGCAUUCGAGUUUUGAAAAUUCUUGUAGAAGACAGUUUUUUGUAACUGUGGUGCAAAUCUUGUGUUUUCUUAGCCUAAUGAAAAGUAGUAUAGAAGCAAUAUUUCAUACAAUGUGCUAUAUAUGUGUAUGCAGAUGUGUGAACAUAAAACACAUACACACAUAUACACACAUGUAAAAAUAAACAUAUAUAUGCGUGUGAAGUGGAAAGCUCACCUUUUCCUAUCUAGAUUUAAGGACCUAUUUUAGACAUUUGUUAUGUUUUGUGAAAAGAGUGUUCUAUUUGCAACAACAAAACAUUUAAUUCUUACUGUAUCUCUGGCUGUUUAACGAGGACGUUUCACAUUAAAUGGUAAAACAACGUGGAAGAUGGUAGAAUGUAGUAAUUACGUGAGAGAAUGUUCGCCCACAUAUUCCUGAAGUUUGCUUUGUGCCUCCAAGUAUUAUUUAAUUAAAGUGUUUUAUGUUUGCAGAAUCUUGUUGCUGUGCUAAGGAUGUGGGUGAAUAUCAUUUAAAAAAAUUUUUUAAAAAAAAAAAAAAAAAGCAAAAAUAAAAACACUAAAGCAAGAGGGGAACUUUUAUAAAGCAAUGUAAAUAUUUAACCUCCUGGCUGUUGUUACGUAGGACAUGAGAUUUUAAUAAAUCACUACAUUCUCACAACAUCUGUUGAAUUUAUUAGGAACACUACAGUGACUGCAUAAACAGUUGAAAGCAUUCUUGAAAAUCCUGCCCUCUACUUUUAAAAGGUAACAGUCUCAUCAGAUGUCAAGGGUAAGGGUAAUGCAGGUUCUGUAAAUUUAUGAAAUUUCUUUUCUAUGUACAGGAAAACAUUAGGUAAGUAACCCCCCCACCCCCAAUGCACACAUACAUAUAUACACAUACAGGUUAAUAUUAAGUCAUAAAGCUAAAGAUUUGGGGAUUUUAAAAAUAGGAUGUCCCCAAGGGGCUAUCGUAAAUUCAUCAGAGAAAAAGUGGCUCACAGACUCCCCGGAAAGAAGCAGUGUACAUGUGAGGAUAGAGCAAAAAUCUCUUUGCCAUGUAUAUUAUAGAAUAUUCAUUGGUGUGAAUAGUACAAAUGUUUUCUUCUGGUACAAACCCUGUGUUUGCAAAUUACAAGAAGCAUUGUUUUCAAAAAGCUCCCCUUAAAAGACAUGUAACUGGUUUAUAUGAGUAAGCAGUUACUGUAUUGCACUUAAAUGUUAUGUUGAACGAAAUGCAGUUUUGUUUUCUGUAGAUCUGUUGGUUGUAAACCAUCUAUAAAACUAUAAUGGUAAAAUGCUCAUAUUCAGAGCUGGGAUCAAAACUGGUAUGUAACCUUUGCAACUUCUUAUAAUUAUCCUUCUAAGAAUAUAACAGAAUCUGGAAGCUUCUGGACUUUUGAGUCUUUUGAACUGAACCCUCUCUCAAAUCUGACUGACACCCUCUAAAAUGCACAAACAUGAGCAGAAAAAGCAAACAGACUAGACUUCCUUUGUGAAAAUGUAUUAGUUCUGUAUUUAAAAAACAUUAUAAUCCUCCACAUGGGGGGGAAAGCAUUCUAAAUCGUCUAUUACCACUUUAAAAUUAGAAUCAGAAAAGAAAAUGUAUUUGAGGUGGGUCUCAGUGCUACCUACAAGAAUCAAAGGUCAUGGCUUUCCCAAUAUUGUCCCAGCCAUUUCUCAUAUGUAUAUAGUAUAAACCGUGACAAAACACUGCCUUUAUAUUAUUUAGCAAUAUGUUGUAAAUAGCAUUAUUAAGCUUUUCUUUUUGUAAUAAAGACCCUUUGAUUUGAAUAUAGUACAAUAACUGAACUGAUAAAGUCAAUCUUUGAUUUUUUUUUUUUUUUUUUAGCUAGAGGCAAUUUCAAUUGUGGAUUUUUGUUGUUGUCUAUUGUUCUGAAGACUUUGCAUAAUUUAUUGGUUUAAUUUAUCCUAAUUUAUUUGAUGAAGGUGUACAAUUUUGUAUUACCAAGGAUGUACUGUAAUAUGAAUUGAUAUGAUUAAAAAUAAAACAUUGAGACUCCCUGUCCAUAUUAAAAAGAAAAUUAAAAGGUGCAGUAGACAAUUGAUUUUAAAGUAAAAGUAAAAAAUUUAGUUUGGCAGCUACUAAAUUUUAAAACAGGAAAAAAAGUUGUUGGGGGGAGGGUGGGAAUGGGGGUUUACUUUGUGUGUUUAAGCUUUUGUAUACUCUUCGAACUUUUACCUUUUGCUUUGUACCACUUAAAGGAUACAGUAGUCCAAUUGCCUUGUGUGCCUUCCAUCUUCUCUUAAACUGAAUGUACGUGCAGUAUAUAUGCAAGCUUGUGCAAAAUAAAAUAUACAUUACAAGCUCA